AUGGACUUUAACCUCCCCCGUGGCUCCCCUUCCUCCUCCACUUCCUCCUCCGACCACCACCACCACCCUAACUCUUCCACCCCUCACCACCAAAAUGGACAUCCCUACUCCUCCCCCUCCCCCACCUCAGACCCCAUGCACUCCUGGUGGGAAUCCAUUUCCAAAGCCCGUACCCGCAUCCACAUCCUAUCCUCUCUCCUCCCCACUGAUGAAGAGUCUUCUCUCUCCCUCUCAUCUCUCGCUGACACCGAUCGCCCUGCCCGCUCUCUCCUCCUCUCCUCUGACGCCUAUUUCUCCAUUUCCGCCGCCCUUUCUUUCCCUUCCUCCGGCUCCGGCGCUGACCUCCUCUGCCAGUGGCUUUAUGAUACUUUCCUUUCUUCUGAUCCAGAUCUCCGUCUUGUCGUUCUCUCCUUUCUUCCCCUUCUUACGUCCCUUUACCUUCACCGCAUUCACCACCCCAUCUCUUCAACCGCCGUAUCUCUGGCCGGUUUUGAAGCCGUGCUCUUGGCCCUCUAUUCCUCCGAAACCAAAGCACGCAAUGGCAAACCCUUAACUAUUUCGAUCCCGGAUCUGUCUCAGCCUUCACUCUAUCACUCCCCUCGGAAUCCUAUUAAAUCGAACCCUAAUUCUUCCAAUUCUCAGGUUAAGCCUUUGCUUGGGGUUUUAUCGCCGCCUUUAGAACCACAGAUCGCAGUGAAAUCAACUAAACGCGCCUGCAUUGUUGGAGUUGCUCUGGAUUGUUAUUAUAAGCAGAUCUCGCAGAUGCCCAGUUGGUCAAAGCUUGAUUUUUGUAAAUUCACAGCUGACUGGGCCGGUCAGGAUUGCCCAUGUACGUCAGAUUUUGACAAAAAACCUGAAAAUUUUGUGGAAAAUAAUCACGGGUUUGAGAACAAUAAUGGGUUUGAGGAAGAUCAGAGGGUUAAUUUCAAUGAGAUUGAAAACGUGGUGGAAAGGGUCAAGGAUUUGGAUUUUGAGGAUGAUAAUUCCAAGGAUGCAAGCCGGGAUGCUAGAAUUCCGCUUCCAUGGGAGUUGCUGCAGCCAGUUUUAAGAAUUUUGGGCCACUGUUUGUUGGGUCCUCUGAAUGUAGUGGAGGUGAAGGAUGCAGCAUCAGUGGCAUUGCGGCGGCUGUAUGCUAGAGCUUCACAUGAUCUGGUACCGCAGGCAAUUUUGGCGACCAGGAGUUUAAUUCAGCUGGACAAUAGGGAGCGUGAUGCAGCAGUGAAGGCCGCAGCAGCGGCAGCAACAGCCAGUGCCCCUGGGUCCAAUGCAAAUACGCCAAGUAAGGCUAAGAAGCCUGAGAUCCUUUUGGUUUCCAAGUGA